UGGCUGUGGACCAGAUACGUCCCCUGAUCUGGUUUUGGCGCGGCUCUCGUCCAGAUCAGGGUCAGUCAGAUGGUUAUUGUGUUCUCCCAGAUGACAUCACCAUCCUCCCCCGCUGAGCGUUGCUAAGGACGCCACGUGCUGACUUCCGUAAACAUACAGGAUGAAAACAUCAUGAAUCAGUUUCAACAUCUCAUCAAUGAUUGCCUGAUUGAUACAAGACACGUAGAACAGGCGGCAGUAGUGGUGACAAAAACCGCCACUAUCACUGCAGCAACCACACGAUUUAACAUCUCUCCGCAACAAGCUCAAAUGUUUGUGGACGCUUUCAAACAUUUGAUGUCUACGAGAGGGCAUGGAUUCUUCUUUCAAGAGAGGUUAUACACUUGUGUCCGGGCUGACAAGAACUCAGUUUACUCUAAAUGUGGAGGGCAUGGCUUGCUACUGGUAAAGACAGCUCUGUACAUCAUUGUGGCCACAUACAACGAAAACAUGUACCCCAGUGUGUGCGUGGAGGCUGUGGAGAAACUGGCAGAGUAUCUGCGAGAGAAGGGAAGGUGAAGAUGAUAGUGUUCUAUGUUCUCCACUGUGACCCUCCAUCCUACUCAUCCUGUGCAAUGUGGGAGGGAUAAACGACAGUAUACCAA